AUGCAUUAUGUCUAUGAAGGUCCUCACUCUGCAUGUGGUCCAGGCUCGGGGAAGGCGGUCCAGUGCCAGCGGAUGGAGGACAGGUUCGGCCUGCGUCAUGUGACCCUGGGCGACCUUCUGUGUAACGAGCUGCAGUCUCACAGCGAACGAGGGCGCCACCUGCAGGAAGUCCUGGAGAGAGGAGAGCAGCUGCCCAAGGACACAAUGCUGGAGCUGCUGUGUGACGCCGUGGCGUCGUCAGUGCAGCAGCAGCGGCCGGGGAAAGGUCUCGUGAUCAGCAGCUUUCCCAGAGACCUGCAGCAGGCGGAGGAGUACGAGGCCAAGAUGGGUGAACCCAGCGCCGUCCUUCUGCUGAGCUGCUCCCCCGACACCAUGUCCAGCCGCCUGCAGUGCAGAGGCAGAUCUCACACAGACAGAGAGAGCGCCACACACAGGCGACGUGAGAGCUUCUGCAACAACAGCCGGGAGCUGGCUGCACACUACCAACACAAGAGGCUCCUGCACACGAUCGAUGCCGAGAAGUUGCCAGAUGAAGUGUUCACGCAGAUCUGCCAAGCGCUGGAAUCCAGUUUCAACAUGUAAUUUCUACACUUUCCUCAAAUACCACUCAAACACCCCCACCCUCUUCUCAAAGUCCGUCUGUUAAGACCUUUUCUCUCCGUUUCUGACCCCGGCGCAGACCUGGUAUUAACACCAACUCUCCGAGUGAUCCAAUCACAUCCAGAUGACACACACAAAGUUCAGUUGUGAACGCCCCCCCCGAUCCGUCCUGAAUGCAGAUCUGAUCACAUAAACUACAUUCAGAGGAGGCCACAUUCCACAUUAGAGAGCCGACUACUUCCUCUGCUGACGUCCUCUUGCGGUUUCACAGUAUUAUUACACUGAUCAGCACUCGUUGACUUAUUCAUAGCCAUCGCCACAAUAUUAACACUGAUCAACACAAGAGUUCUCCUUCUGUUAGAGCAGCAUGAGUACAGCUUUGAUUCAUUCACUCAAGCUUCUGAGGGGUUUGGGGGGUUAAUGCAGAGAGCCAAGUCAGAGACACUAAACGUGUCUUUAUAAUCGUCACACACAGGUGUCAAACUCAAAUGACCUGGGGGCCAAUGAGUGUCACAUCAUUUCAUCAUAUAUUGAAGAUUUUCAUGGUGAUAUUUCAGAGGAUUUCAAAGUAAAAAGUGCUCGUUUUGAUGAAUAAAAACAUAUUUAGAACACAAAAUAAGUCUGUUAGUGUCA